AUGGGUGCUGCGAGGGCAUUCUGUCUCCGCUUCGCUCCUCCGGCCGCCCUAAUCUACGUUGGCGGCCGUGUUCUCACCUCAAUUGAGGCAGCACAAAACAAUUCGCAGUUCUUUCUUUUACGUUCUGAUCCGAGGGCGCCUUACUCGACGAAACAAUCGCAAAACUCAAUUGGCGAUGGCGCCUCUGGCCGCAAUGAGGCCAAGUCUCGCGUGGCCGGGAGCUUGCACAACGACGACUCAAACGCCUCAUCGGUUUGGACACACAUGAUGGAGAGAUUUGAAGGGGUCAAACAGUCUGUUGGCUCCGCGGAUUGGAUAGAAUUGGAGCAUAUUAAACACUACAUUACUCCUGACUGGACGCGACUACUCCCCGAAACGGUACAGAAGCUCCAGCGCGAGCUUUCCAUGGCUCCGGGCUCCCUCGCAGAUGAGAUUUGGAGGGAAGCACACGAUCCGGAUCUGAACCCGGAGAUAUUGCGAGAAGCCACAGUCCGAGUUGGGGACACUCUCUGCGACGACGAGUUGGCAUUCAGGAAAAAGCGGCAAAAACAUGCCGUCAAGGCUCUCGCCGCAUACUUGGACAUUCCUGAAUCGGAUAUACAUCCCGACGAUGUUCCGAUCAUUUCCAUGUGCGGCUCCGGGGGCGGUCUCCGCGCUCUUGUUGCAGGUACUGGUUCAUAUCUAGCGACGCAAGAGGCUGGACUGUGGGAUUGCGUAACUUAUACUGCUGGUGUCAGCGGUAGCUGUUGGCUACAGACCCUAUAUCACUCUUCGAUUACGGGACGAAAUUUUACCAAGCUUGUUGAUCAUCUCAAGAACAGGCUGAAUGUGCACAUGGCCUUCCCUCCAGCAGCACUCAAACUUUUGACCCAUGCGCCGACCAACAAAUAUCUUCUCAGUGGCCUCGUUCAAAAGCUCAAAGGUGACCCAGGUGCGGAUUUUGGUUUGGUCGAUGUUUACGGCAUGCUUCUUGCUGCGAGAUUACUUGUACCGAAAGGAGAGCUUGGGUCUUGUGACCUAGACCUAAAACUGUCCAACCAGAGCUACAACAUUGCCAGUGGAGCCCACCCGCUACCCAUUUACACAGCUGUGCGUCACGAGAUUCCAAUUCUGGAAGAGAAAGCAGAUGGUAAGAAACCGAUACCCGAAAAACUCAUAAGAGAGUCAAGGGACGAGUCCUGGUUCCAGUGGUUCGAGUUUACGCCAUAUGAAUUUUUCUGUGAAGAACUCAACGCCGGCAUACCUACCUGGGCCCUUGGGAGGCACUUUUACGGCGGCAAGAACGACAUACCGGCUGGAACAUCGCCCAUACCUGAGCUACAUGUCGGAAGCCUUAUGGGUAUCUGGGGUAGCGCUUUUUGUGCGACACUUUCACAUUACUACAAGGAAAUCCGUCCUCUAAUCAGAAACAUUGCCGGCUUUGGUGGUGUCGAUUCUCUGAUCCAGGGAAAAUCAAAAGACCUCAUCCGGGUCCAUCCCAUCGAUCCAGCGACGAUACCGAAUUUUGUGCUAGGGAUGAAGGACCAGCUGCCUCCUUCCUGUCCUGAGUCGAUAUUUCAAAGUCAGCAUCUUCGUCUUAUGGACGCAGGAAUGAGCAAUAAUCUUCCCAUAUACCCACUUCUUCGACCCGGGCGUGACGUGGACAUCAUCAUCGCAUUUGACAACUCGGCCGAUAUCAAGCAGGAGAACUGGCUAUCUGUUGUAGAUGGAUACGCACGCCAGCGAGGUAUCAAAGGCUGGCCUGUCGGCGCUGGCUGGCCCAGGGAAGUCGACACGCUGCAAGAGACAGAAAAGACCCUCCGCGAGGCAGAAAACAUCUCUGAAGAGGAUCUGAACAGGAAAAUAACGACUGCCCAAGCCGAGUUCAAACAGGAGCAGCCAUCCAAGCAAGCAGCGAAGAAAUCAGAUUCGCCGGCAAGCACAGACCUCGACUAUUGCAACAUCUGGGUCGGCAGCACGCAGGAAAUGAUUUCGGACAGAGAGCCUCCACCAUCCAAGCGCCUCUUCGACCCCCGGGCCAAAGACCACUCCGAAUCCGAGUUCCACCUUAUGCGUCCAGAUGCCGGAAUCGCCGUCGUCUACUUCCCACUACUCCCGAACCCUUCGGCUCCAGACCUCCCCUCCGAGUCUUCCCUCUCCCAACCCUCCAAGGAAGACCGACACAGCCCCUCCGAGUCUAAAUCAUCCGCCGACGCAAUCGAUCCUACAAAGCCGCUAGUUCCGCAUCCUGGCAGCAUCAAGCCCGACGUGGACGAUUUCCUAUCAACAUGGAACUUUGUCUACACACCUGAACAAAUCGAUGCCGUUGUCGGCCUAGCCAAGGCCAACUUUGCGCAGGGCGAGGAGCAGGUCAAGCGCGUUGUUCGCGGGGUUUAUGAGAGGAAGAAGAAGGAUAGAUUGCUUCGUGAGGAGCGGAAUCACCGGCCUCAUGCAGAGGGGUUGAUGCUUAGUUGA